UUGAAGACAAGAAAGCAGGAUGAGUGCAUUCGAUUCGAUCCUCUUCUCUGUUCCACUGUGGUGCGAUCCCUUGGCUUGGGUUUGACUCCAAGAGCGAUCGAAAUCCAUCGGCCGUAUUUCUUUGUUGCUUCCCAUUCGAUUCUUCCUUCUUUCCAUAUAUUUGACUUUGGAACACGGACGUGCCCGCCGUGUCCUCGAAAGAGACCAAGAAAGGAGGUCGCGAACGAGCUCUGCAUCGCUUCAAACAUGUACCCUCAGUUAAAAGUGAGAGAGCAAGAAGAUACAAAUAUGACGCAAGAAGAGGCAACAUCAUAUCCACCAAGAAUUAUGGAAUCUCUUUCUGUAGAAGUCCAUUCUUCGUCUGGAGAUCCGACUUCAAAUCAUGGAAAAAUGUCUGAGAAUGAUCCUCCUUCAUCAGAUGCAAAGAUUUACUCGUCUCAUCCUAAGAAUUUGCUAGCAUCUUCUAGUUAUACAUCCAAAGGGAAGAACAGCCAAAGUACCGAUGAGGAUAAUAGGACGAACAUUAGAGCUAGUUCUGUUCCACGGCCUCGAGCAGUCUUGUCAAGUCCAGAUAAUGAUGAUAUAAUUGGAAACCAGAAUCGGCUGAUUAAAGAGAGACAUACACUACUGAAAAGGCAGAGCCUGUAUCAAAACAUUCAAGCGCAAGGAAAGCUCAGUCACAGGAAUGCUAGAGUUGCAGGUCCCCUUAGCACAAGAAAAGUCUCCAAGGAAUCUGGUGACAAUCGUCUUAUAAAGGAAAGGAAGCUUGGUCCUGAGGUAGAUGCACUGAAGCAGAGAUCAACUAUUAGAAGAGGAUAAUCGAACACGGCAUAUCUGGAGCCUGAUAUCAUAGAUGUGCUCUACACCCUAGUAGUUAUUUCACAAUCAUAUGAGUGUUUGAACUCCCACAAUGCUUUUUUUUAGUUUGCUAGGCGCUGGUCUGGAUUCAGUUAAUUAGCUCCUUGUAAUUUUCUUUGAUAAGAGAGCAUAUUCUCUUGCUCCACCAAAAGUCUCAGAGGUUGGCCUCCAUAAUUUCCUAUCCUGAAAUUAGUAAAAAAAGGCCUUGUAUAUCACAUGUAAUUACAAUCUGCUACUUGCUGUUCUGGCAUUCUCUUAGUCAAGAUUACUAAAAUGCGGUCCGGUAUCUGAGAGGAAGAUAUCAUCUUUUAA